AUGCGGAAGGCGGUAAAAGUCCGCAUCGCGGGACAGGAAUGGAAUAAAGAUGUUCGAAAAUAUUUCCCUUCCUCAAAGACCUACCUUGUCGCCGACCCCUCUUCCUCCCUCGUCGAAGGCGACGUAAUCCGCAUGUCGUCCGGCUGGCGCACCUCGAAAUCCAUCCGUCACGUUGUAACCGCGAUAGUCUCGCCUUUCGGCAAACCCAUCAACGAGCGUCCGCCUAUCCCCACAGAGGAAGAGCGCAUAGCGCUCCGCGUGACACAACGCUUGGAGAAGGACGUCAGGGCCGCGGAGCGGGGGCGGAGGACGAGUAAGCUGCGGUUACAGGCGGCCAAGGAAAAGGGGUAUGAGAUCCCGGAUUUGGAGGCUGCGUUACGGAAUGUGAGGAUUCGGGAGGCGGAGGAGGCAGCGAAGGGGAACAAGGGUACAACGCAAGCCCAUACUGGGCAGGUUGGGCAGGUGUUGACAGCGAAGGAGAGGAGGAGGCAGGAUAGAGAGAGGGCGAAAGGGGAGAGGAAGGCUGAGGCGGAGGCCAAGCGAUCUAAGAAACAGACAAUAUAG